AUGUCUGCGUCUCGCAUCGCUGUGUUCCGGCCCUCAGAUGGCGUCCGUCAAUUCCAAUGCCUUCGUCAGAUCUCUGCAACGCGGUCUCCGAUAUGCCACCCGGUCCGGUCGCAUGGCGCAAGGCGGCAGCAAGAUGGGAUAGACGCAAGGUUGGAUCUCCUCCAGAGGCGAUACCAGUCCUCGUCGUCGGGGAAGAAGCCGAAGGAGCAGAAGGAACCUAUGCCGUCAGCGAAACUGCUGUUUCGAGCUUUACGCCAAAGCCUCACCUUUCGCCCUCUGUUUAGCGCAUUCCGUGGACAGAGCCUACGUUCUCUAUUUCGCCAGAGCCCAGAGGAGCUUGUACUUGCUAUAAUUCUUCUCUGCGGUGUAGCUGGCGUAUCGGUUUAUGCCGUUUAUGCCUACUUCAAUUACUUUGAGUCCGAACAGUUUACUCGAUUCCCACCCGAGAUCGCCAAAUCGCUCCGUCGUGCUUUGUACUACAGCAACUAUGCGCCCGAUGCGAGACUGGCACUGAAAUACUACAAGAUUGCUCUGGAACAGUGUUCGGCGGCUGGCUUAGAUCCCUUUUCCGACGAAGUAAUGGGAGUCAAAAUCCAGUUGGCGGCGUGGCUAGAGUCAAUUGGAAGCUACCAGAACUCAAUCGACGUGCUAGAGGCCCUUCUUCGAGACUCCAAGAAAUUUGUUGAUGUGAUGGAGAAGAGCGUCCGAGACGGGCUUGUUGAUAACGCGGGAAGGUUGGUCGAUGCACCGGUCGUGCCAAAACCCGAAGCAGCACAGGGCGGAGAGGUUGAAGAACAACCCGAGCCGGAGAACUUGUGGGCGAAGAGGACGAGAGUCCUAGGGAAAGCAGUGGGGAUCAGUGUCAAGCUUGGAGAGCUCUACGCAGACGAGCAUGUCCUCCAAGGGGACGCAGCCGGAGAGCGCUUGGUCUGGGCUGUUGAGACCGUGCUCAAGGAGUUACAGCGACGUCAGGUCGAUGGUGUGAAGCAAGGCGAGGGUAAUUGGAUGACCCCGGAACAGAUUGGAGGUGCACUCGAAGCCUUGGGCAACCACUACGAGUCCAAGUCCCAGCACUAUCUUUCGGCGCCGUUAUUUCUGCAGGCCGUAACGUUGGCGCCAUCAAAUAGCUGCCACACUGCCGUGCUGAUGAACAACUUGGCUAUCUCUUUGGCACAGCAACCUGUAGAAUCUCCACUUGAGAAGCGACAGACCUCAGCAGCCACUGUGCCUGGUGAACAGACUAGCCGAGCUCCAACACGAGCUACCCUUCUCGCCAGUGCGCGGGCCUGGGCGCUGCACGCUCAAGAAGCCUCUCAGAAAGUGAAGGGUGAAGACCGAACGGAGGAAUGUGAUGAAGCAUGCGCAGUGGCUCUGUGCAACCUUGGAGACAUCGCAGCGAUGACUGGGGAAGUCGAGGAAGCUAAGCGCAAAUUCAAAGAAAGCAUUGCGCUGAGCAAGAAGAUAUCCUUCGAUCCCGGCACGAUACAGGCUCAGGAAGGUCUGAAGCGGGUAACAGCCGCGUCGCCAAUGAAGUCCUUAUGA